AUGGGUCUAGACCUGGUUCUCUCAGAUUCUAGAAAACGCUCCACCUGUUUUUCUUGUAUUCAUUCCUCAGAAUUCGAGAAUUCUCAAGAGGAUUCUCCGGAGCCAGAGGCACGUGUGGUGGUCCCAGACCGCAGUCAGACACCAGGAGGAGAGUCCUCUGUCUCGGAGUAUUUCUCCUGCGUGUCGUCUCCAGGAAAGCAUCGUGCUGCUGCUGAGGACGGUAAGGGAGAUCACAAAGGCUGGGAAUAUUCUCAUGACCAUCUCAACUCCUGCAGACUUCACACACUCAUUCUAGUUUUCUCAUGUCUGAAAUUUCCUUUCCCAGGAGGAGGAGGAGGAGGAAUCCCUCAGUUGCAUCAGGAUAUUCUUCGUACUGGGCCUCUUGAGAUGACUCAACCCCAGGUCUUGGAGGAACGGGAAGCUCCCUCCCUCUCUACCGAAGACUCCUUUCCACCAUACCUGGGAAGGGCACGCGUCAAGAAGAUUUACUACAGGCGUGUCCAGAUGAAAAGAGGUGUGGCUGUGUCAUGGGAUGAGGUGGAAGUCUAUGAGCCUGUCUUUGCUUUUUUUGGAGAGGCUGAAAAAAAGGGUGAAGAGGCCUCAGACAUAUGGAGCUGCUUGUCUACACGGCAACUCGCAGAUGUCAGCGACUAUAGCAAAGCCCCAGAGGAGAGGGAGCAGGCUGGCAGUGCAGUGGAGCCUCCAGCCCAGGAGAGGGAGCAGGCUGGCAGUGCAGGGGAGCCUCCAGCCCAGGAGGAGAUGGAGCAGGCUGGCAGUGCGGUGGAGCCUCCAGCACAGGAGGAGGGGGAGCAGGCUGGCAGUGCAGUGGAGCCUCCAGCCCAGGAGGAGAGCCCCAGGGCCGAGACGCCUGAGUGGCUGGUGGCCCUGGACAGCGGCUUCAGGUGCCUGGGCUGCUGCCGGGUUUUCCCCAGCUUGGAGGUCCUGCAGGACCACGUGGACAAUGCGGUCCGUGAGGGCUUCAGCUGCCAUGUUUUCCAGCAUGCCUUGGCUUGGCUGAAUAAGAAUAAGAAAGAAGAGGACAAGGAGGACAAGGAGUAUCAAUGCGAGACCACUUAGAUGGUAGACCGAAGAACACUUUGGCAGGAAGACAUCCUCCUGUGAGUAUGUAGACUUUUCCAGGCCCUAGGAAAGUAGAAGUGAAGUAGUCCAGACUCUACUGAGGGCCUUCAUCUCUUAGCAGCCAUGAUACCCACUCUGUUUCAAUGUAUCCACCACCUUCCCUACCACCACGCAGGAACAGGAGCGGAGCGCCCCUUUUAAUAGUUUCCACUGCUCUCCUGAAGACGAGGGACAAGAAGGCAGAUCACACCAUGCAGAAGACCAAGGCGUCCUCAUGCAAACCAAAGAACAAGGAGCACCAGUCUAGCAUCGCUACCACUACGGCUGAGAACAGGAAACUGGCUGGAAGUGGAAACUAUUAAAAGGGACCAGCUGCAGAAGAGGUGAGGGUCCCAGGGGUGAGAGCACAUCUCAGGGAUACUUGGGAUUCGGUAUCAAAGGCCAGGGGAGUCACAAGGCUCAGGAUGACGGCAGAGCCAGGCCUUCUGUCCUUGAGGGUUGGUUCUACCCUUUUCCUGGGUGUGAGUGGGAUCCCAAACUCCAUUAUGUGAUUCCCAUACCUGAGAGGAGACUGCUUAGCAGUUGCAACCACUUGAGAGAAACAAACCAUGUAAUCCUUUCUUUUUUUCCCCCUAGGAAAAAUAUCCCUAGGUAUAUACCAAGAUGUAGUAGUUCUGGCCACUUCCUUAAAGUGUCAAGUGUAACUGGGGAAGGAGGGAGAAAAAGGUGAUGCUUUUGCAGUGGACCAUUUC